AUGCCGAAAUUUAUAUCUGAAGUUGAUGUUGAAGCCAGGAAAAAGAUACAGGAGGCUGAAGGUAUAGUUGAAGCUCCUAUUGACGCCAGGUCCCUCUAUGAAAGGUUGCAGGCGGAGAAGGAUAGAAAGCAGGAGGAGUAUGAUGCUAAUGAAGUUGAAUAUUUGCAAACGCUUGCUGCUAAACAGUACAAAGCUGAUUUGGAAAAAGAAAAGAGGUUGCUGAAUUAG